AUGCGUCCCAUCGGUCUCGUCGGCCUCAUUGGCCUCGCCAAUGCCGCCUGCCCUUACAUGAGUCGUGACCUCUCUGCUCGCGACGCCUCAGAUGCCUCAGAAUCCACUGAGGAAUUCCUCUCUCAGUACUACCUCAAUGACAAUAACACUUACCUCACUUCCGACGUGGGCGGCCCCAUUGAGGACCAAAACAGUUUGAGCGCCGGUGAACGCGGUCCCACUUUGCUGGAGGACUUUAUCUUCCGCCAGAAGAUCCAGCGCUUCGAUCAUGAACGAGUUCCCGAACGCGCCGUGCAUGCCCGUGGUGCCGGUGCCCAUGGUGUCUUCGUCUCCUACGGCGACUUCUCCAACCUCACGGCGGCCUCUUUUCUCUCCGAAAAGGGCAAGGAAACUCCCAUGUUUGUGCGCUUUUCCACUGUCGCUGGUAGCCGUGGCAGUACCGAUCUUGCUCGCGAUGUGCACGGUUUUGCAGCUCGCUUCUACACCGAUGAGGGUAACUUCGAUCUCGUCGGAAACAACAUCCCCGUGUUCUUCAUUCAGGAUGCCAUUCAAUUCCCCGAUCUGAUCCACGCUGUCAAGCCCAGAGGUGACAGCGAGAUUCCCCAAGCUGCUACCGCCCACGACUCAGCCUGGGACUUCUUCAGCCAGCAGCCCAGCGCUCUGCAUACUCUUUUCUGGGCGAUGGCUGGACAUGGUAUUCCGCGCUCCUUCCGGCAUGUGGAUGGCUUCGGCGUGCACACAUACCGGCUCGUGACGGACAGCGGCGCGUCCAAGCUGGUCAAGUUCCAUUGGAAGUCGCUGCAGGGCAAGGCCAGCAUGGUCUGGGAAGAAGCGCAGCAGGUCUCGGGCAAGAACUCGGACUUUAUGCGUCAGGAUCUCUGGACAUCGAUCGAGUAUGGACGGUUCCCGGAGUGGGAGCUCGGCGUGCAAAUCAUGGACGAGGAAGACCAGCUGCGCUUCGGCUUCGACCUCUUUGAUCCCACCAAGAUCGUGCCGGAAGAGUACGUGCCCAUCACGAAACUCGGAAAAAUGACCCUCAACCGCAACCCGCUCAACUACUUUGCGGAGACCGAGCAGGUCAUGUUCCAACCCGGCCACAUCGUCCGCGGAGUCGACUUCACCGAGGACCCUCUGCUGCAGGGCCGUCUCUUCUCCUACCUCGACACCCAGUUGAACCGCCACGGCGGCCCCAACUUCGAACAGCUGCCCAUCAACCAGCCCCGCGUCCCAAUCCACAACAACAACCGCGAUGGCGCAGGUCAAAUGUACAUCCCGCUCAACCCGAACGCCUACAGCCCCAACACCCUCAACUCCGCCUCCCCGAAACAAGCCAACCAAACAACCGGCAACGGCUUCUUCACCUCCCCGGGCCGCACCACCUCAGGCCACCUCCUACGCAGCACGUCCCCGACCUUCCAAGACGUGUGGUCCCAACCCCGCCUCUUCUACAACUCUCUCGUCCCCACGGAACAACAAUUCCUAAUCGACGCCAUCCGCUUCGAAACCAGCAACGUCAAAUCGACCACCGUCCGGCAGAACGUCAUCAUCCAACUCAACCGCAUCUCCAACGACCUCGCCCGACGCGUCGCCCGCGCCAUCGACAUCCCCGCCCCCUCCCCAGACCCGACAUACUACCACGACAACAAAACCACCGACGUAGGCACCUUCGGCACUCCACUCAAGAAACUCUCCAACCUGAAGGUUGGCUUCCUCGCCUCCGUGCAAACACCCUCGUCAAUCACCGCCGCACAGGACCUCGCGACAGAGCUGAAAGACGAUGAAGUGGACGUGGUAGUCGUCGCGGAGAGACUGACCGACGGAGUUGAUCAGACGUAUUCGGCCUCCGACGCGAUCCAGUUCGAUGCGGUGAUUGUCGCGCCUGGUGCGGAGGGGCUCUUUCUGGAGGGAUCGGUUACUGCGCCGCAGCGCAAUUCUACAGCUAGUGCGGUGAGUACCCUGUAUCCGGCUGGAAGACCGUUGCAGGUCCUGGUGGAUGCGUUUCGGUUCGGGAAGACGGUGGGGGCGGUUGGGAGUGGGGAGGGUGCGUUGCGGAAUGCGGGGAUUGAUGAUGAGAGAGAGGGUGUUGUUGUGGGGCAGACGGUUGGGGCCGAGUUUGUGGAUAGUGUUAGGGAGGGGUUGAGGACGUUUAGGUUCCUGGAUCGGUUUGCUUUGGAUGAGGAGUAA